GGGCACGUGUGGUGUCGGUGCUUUGGGACGGGAGCGUGCUUGUGCGGGGUGACCCCAGCGCGGAACAGGGCUGUGGGGAGCAGCAGGAGCAUCCUGGGACCCUCCUGAGCUGAACCUUUCUCAUCUGGUCAUCUGCAACUCUGUGAAACUGGGCUGUGUCCCGCGGCAUGUCAGAGCGUCGGCCCUCGAUGCUGCUCUUAUUUCACCGGGAUGGGCUGGCAGCUCCACGGUGGAGCUGCAGCCCCGGGAGGCCACUGCUGCUGAGGUGUUCCCGCUGCGCUAGGGCUGCUGUGUCUGAACGGGAGUCUAAUGCCUGUAAAAAUCCUCCUUUCGCUUCCCCUCUCCUUUCCAUGAGUCUCCCCCAGCCCCAAGGAUGUUUUUCCGGUGCCAGCACUCCUACCACUUGCUCCCUUCCCCACGCUGGCAUUGCCUUUGUCUCCAUCCCCACUGCCCUCACCCUCUUUCCCAGUAGCUGCCGUAGAGCUCCCCGCUUCACCCCGAGGAACUGUUGGGUUUGCCGAGACGUGCCCAGCCCCUGCCCACAUACCGAGGACCGUGUAGCUCCCACCAUGACCAGGGAUGCUCCUUGGGCAUUCCUUCUCCUCCUGCCCCAUCUCACUGCAUGCCCCCUGCCUCUCCCACAGGCGACCAAGCAGUUCCUGGAGGAGAUCAACAAGUGGACGGGCCAGUACAAUGUGUCCCCGCUCUCCUGGAAUGUGGCUGUCAAGUUCCUCAUGGCCCGCAAGUUCGAUGUCCUGCGGGCCAUCGAGCUCUUUCACUCCUACCGGGAGACGCGGCUGAAGGAGGGCAUUGUGAAGCUGAAGCCACAUGAGGAGCCGCUGCGCUCGGAGCUGCUCAGUGGCAAGUUCACCAUUCUGAGCGUGCGGGACCCGUCGGGAGCCUCCAUCGCCCUCUUCACAGCCAAGCUGCACCACCCCAGCAAGAGCGUGCAGCAUGUGGUGCUCCAGGCGCUCUUCUACCUGCUGGACCGAGCGGUGGAGAGCUUCGAAACCCAGAGGAACGGGCUGGUGUUCAUCUAUGACAUGGCAGGCUCACAGUACACCAACUUCGAGCUGGACCUCAGCAAGAAGAUCCUCAACCUGCUGAAGGGUGCCUUCCCGGCUCGGCUCAAGAAGGUUUUCAUCGUGGGAGCACCCAUGUGGUUUCGUGUGCCCUACUCCAUCAUCAGCCUGCUGCUGAAGGAGAAGCUGCGGGAGCGGGUGCAGAUGGUGAAGAUGUCAGAGCUGAAGGAGCACCUGCCCCGGGAGUGCCUCCCCGAGUACCUUGGGGGUUCCCUCAAACUGGACCCUCUGAGCUGGAACUGCCGGUUCCUGCCCCAGCAGAAUGGGCACCCUGACCCCCUGGACGAGCUCAUCCUGGUGCCGCUGGCGGCCCCCAAAGAUAACGGCUCUGUCCACGUCCCCGGGCCCAAGUCCGUCACCCUCCAGGAGCUGCUGGAUCACGUCAACCACAAGCAGAAACGGGGCAUCUAUGAAGAGUAUGAAGAUAUACGGCGCCGGAGCCCUGCUGGCACCUUUGUCUGCUCUUUGGCACCCUACAACCAGGAGAAGAACCGGUACGGGGACGUGCCCUGCCUGGACCAAACCCGCGUCAAGCUGGCAAAGCCAUACAGCCGCCCGGAGCUGACCGACUACAUCAACGCGAGCUUCAUGGACGGCUACAAGCAGAGGAACGCUUACAUCGGGACUCAAGGGCCUCUGGAAAACACCUACGGUGACUUCUGGCGCAUGGUGUGGGAGCAAAAUGUCCUGGUGAUCGUGAUGACGACUCGGCUGGAGGAGGGAGGCAGGAGAAAGUGCGGCCAGUACUGGCCCCUGGAGAAGGAUUCCCAGGUGUGCUUCGGGGCCCUGACCAUCACCAACCUGGGUGUGGAGAACCUCAACCAUUACAAGAAAACCAUCCUGGAGAUCCACAGCUCAGAGACGAGGGAGCGGCGGCUGGUGUCCCACUUCCAGUACCUGAGCUGGCCGGAUUAUGGUGUCCCCUCCUCUGCGGCCACUCUCAUUGACUUUUUGGGGGCCGUGAAGCAGCAGCAGAGGGUGGCAGUCAGCGCCCUGGGACCUCGCUUCAAGGGUCACCCCGGGGGACCCCCAGUUGUGGUGCACUGCAGUGCCGGCAUCGGCAGGACAGGUACCUUCUGCGCGCUGGACAUCUGCCUGUCCCAGCUGCAGGACAUGGGCACGCUGAACAUCUACCAGACGGUGCUGCGCAUGCGGACCCAGCGUGCCUUCAGCAUCCAGACCCCCGAGCAGUAUUAUUUCUGUUACACCGCCGUCCUCGAGCACGCCCAGCGCGAGGGCCUGCUGCUCGCCAACCACAGCCGGGCCGGCCAGGAGAAGAGCUCGCCGGGACACUGAGACCCUCCGCCUCCCUGCAGACCUCCCCCCCCGCCCCUUUCCCAUCCUCCUGGGGCUGCCGGAGCCGCUUCUGUGCCCACCGGGGCUCGGCAGAGCUGUCGGGGUGGCAGUGUCGGAGCGCGGCGGUGCCGGAGCGUGGUGGCCGCCCGUCCCCGGCUGUUAGCACUGCUAUCGAACUGUGCCUUACUCAAACCAAAUGGUGGCUGCCGCUCGCCAGGGGGUGGAGGAUGGUGUGGGAAGAGGCUCUCGCUCCUCUCCACAGUGUGUCUGUUGGUUGUUUGGGGAGGUGGUUUUUCUUCUCUUCGAGUUUUUGGGGGGUUUUUUGUUUUUUUAAUUUUAUUUUUUUUGUUGGUACCAUCUAAAGUGUAUUUAGAGAGGGGCUUUGCAAAGCUCUAGGAAAUGUGUUUCCAGUCCUGCCCUGGGGCUUAGGAAUAGGCACCUACGUCAGUCUUACCUGCCACUAAGUCUGUGUGUCUGUAUGUAUGUGUGUAUAUAAUAUAUCCACGCUGUGCCCAACCCCGGCCAUUAUAUAGAUACAUAUAUACAAGCACCCGUUUUAGCAGCUCCUGUGGGUCCCUGCUGUCCUGCCAUCUCACCGCUGUGAUCCCUGGAGUGGUGAGUUUGGUCCUGGCUCUGUCUUGUCUUUAUUAUUAAUUUUUCCCACCCCCCUUUUUUCCCUUUCCUGCUCCUCAUGGGCAGCGUUGGGACCCAGUACCUGCUCCCCAGUCCAUCCCAUGGGAUGCUCAGCAGCAUCCUUCCCCUGUUUCACCUUCCUUGCCAUCGUCUCCCAGCAGCUUUGCUCCCAGGAGGAGAAUCUGGAGGAAUUUGGCCACGGCAGGCAGGUUGGCUGGGGGGAGUGAGGAACUCAUGGGCAUCCUUUGCCCCUCGGGGCGCACCCCUGGGAGUCACUAGGUACAAGGCGGUGGGGCUGGCCGGGGACCGACCGGCUCUCCAGGUUGCCCGGCUUUCCCAAGCUGGCAGUGGGAACCUGCGGGCCCAGCCCCGUGGUGAGUCACGGGCUGGAAGAGCGCUGAGCAAAAAGAGCCGAAACCCUCAAGAGGUGGCAGUGGCACCUGCCAGGACGGCCGCCACCACCCCAGCCACUGCCCCUCCACGCUGCCCAGGGGAGCUGGGGCUGGCAGCGCUGGGGCUCGGUGACUUUAUACUGUAAUAAGCUCUUUGAAUGUGUAUAUUCUUAUUUUUUUAUAAUCUUGGGGGGCGGGGGGUUUGUUUCGUUUUGGUUUUUUUUAUAUUUAACAUUAACUUGAUCCAAGCCAGAGCCAGAAGUAUUUGUAAAUGUUCCUAUUUUGCUCUCAUUCAGAGAAACAUUUUUGUUGUUACUUUUUGGGUUUUGUUUUGUUUUAUUUGUAUCGACAUAUAAAUAUACUACCAGUGACCAGUC